GGAGGAGGUGGAGGUUGGACUUCGGUGGAUAUAAGCUCAUCCUCUUCACCGUCAAAUUCAACAAAUAUCGAUAAUACUCAACAAGGAGGCUGGAAUUUUGUACGUGCGACAACUACAAGUAACACAAGUGGAUGGAAUUCGUCACCAGCAUUUAAAUACAGUGGCUGGUCUUCAACAGUAAUAUCUUCAACAAUAAAUCAACCAAAUAAUAUUAAUACUGGAUCAGAUACAUCAGAUACUGUAAAUUUAUCUAAUAAUACAGCGAAUAAAUCAAAAUCAAAACUAACAUUUGGAAUCGGUAAAACAUCUGGAGACACUUCAGAGAUUCAAAAACCAGCCUUUAAAUUUGGAUUCAAGAAGAAAUAA